AUCUCUCCAACAACGUUUUGGGAAUUUCUUGAUUGAAAUGGGGUCCUUUCCUUUUCUUUUCAUUGUCUCCAUAUUUUGUUGCAGCUGCUUGAUUCAUGCUCAGCAGCUUUAUGUUGGAAAGGCCACAACAGAUUGCACCAAUCCAGAUACUUCAAAUACUGUUCUUGGGUACUCCUGUAAUGGCCUGGAGAAGAGUUGCCAGGGUUACCUCAUCUUCAGAUCACAGCCCCCUUAUAAUACUGUUGCUUCCAUUUCUUCUCUCAUGUCUUCUAAUUCAUCUCAGCUUGCAGAGAUAAAUUCAGUUCCUGAGAAUGAAACUUUUGAGAUUAACAAGCUGGUGAUUGUUCCUGUCAGCUGCUCCUGUUCUGGUCAGUACUAUCAGGCAAACACUUCUUAUUCUGUAGUCAGUGGAGAUACUGUUCUCGGGAUUGCAAACAACACCUUUCAAGGCCUUUCAACCUGUCAAGCUAUACAGAAUCAGAGUGUUAGUGACCCCCAGAAUCUGUCCGCUGGUACCAGAAUAACAGUUCCUCUUAGAUGUGCUUGUCCAACUAAGAACCAAACUGAUGCCGGUAUUAACUAUCUGUUGAGCUACACAGUUGCUUCUGGUGAUUACGUCUCAAGCAUUAGUGACAGAUUUGGUGCAAAUACUGCAGAGACUCUUGAAGCUAAUGGCCUUUCUGAACAAAACACCAAUAUCUAUCCCUUCACUACCCUUUUAGUUCCCUUGCAGAGGCCACCUACAAGUUCCCAGACCAUAGCCCCUCCUCCUCCACCACCAGCUUCACCUAGUCCUACAUCUCCCCCUAUAGAAAGCUCAAAGAAGACAUGGGUUUAUAUUGUUUCUGGAGUUCUUGCUGGAGGUGCUCUUCUGUUAGUUUGUGGGGUAAUCAUUUUCUGUGUUGUCCCCCGUAAAAGUAAGAAGAAAAUGGAUUCAGUCGUUGUCUCAGGCAAUUUUGAAGCAUGUGAAAAAUCAGAGAAAAAGAAGUUGGAGGAUGAAUCUCUGGACCUCUUGAGUAGUGUAGACAGUAUAGCUCAAUCUCUCAAGGUGUACAGAUUUGAAGAACUGCAAUCUGCAACAGACAAUUUCAGCAACAACUGUUGGAUUAAGGGAUCUGUGUACCGAGGUAUAAUUAAUGGGGAUUAUGCUGCCAUUAAGAAAGUGCAUGGAGAUGUGUCAAAGGAGGUAAAUUUAUUAAACAAGAUCAACCAUUCCAAUCUUAUUCGCCUCUCUGGUCUUUCCUUCAAUGAUGGGAAUUGGUAUCUGGUGUAUGAAUUUGCUGUCAAUGGACCCUUAAGCGACUGGAUCUACCAUAACAAUGGCAAUGGAAAUUACUUGAGCUGGACACAGAGGAUGCAGAUUGCCUUGGAUGUAGCUACAGGGCUUACCUAUCUCCAUAGCUUCACCAAUCCUCCUUAUAUCCACAAGGAUAUAAAAAGCAGCAAUGUUCUCCUUGAUGGUAAUUUCAGGGCAAAGAUAGCGAAUUUUACUCUGGCAAGAUCGACAGCUGGGGAAGAAGGCCAGUUUGCAUUGACCAGGCACAUUGUUGGGACAAAGGGUUACAUGGCUCCUGAGUAUUUAGAAAAUGGUUUAAUCUCUACAAAGCUUGAUGUUUAUGCAUUUGGGGUUCUGUUGCUGGAGAUGAUUACUGGGAAGGAGGCUGCUGCAUUGUCUGGUGAGGGGUAUAUGGACUCAUCAGACAUCCUAAGCAAAGUUCUUGAUGAGGAAAACAAACAGGAGAGCCUAAGGAGUUUAAUCGACCCUGCCAUGCAAGACAAUUAUCCUUCUGAACUUGCCAUGUUUGUUGUGAGACUGAUAACUAGUUGCAUAAAGAAAGAUCCUACAAGUCGUCCAGCAAUGGAUGACGUUGUGCAGUCUCUCUCAAGAACCCUGACUGCUUCAUUAUCAUGGGAAAAUUCAAAUAGCACUUCGGGGAAACAAAGUGCCAGUGGGAGCUAUUGAAGGUGCUGCAGUGGAGAUGGAGUCUUAGAGUAAUUUCCUAGGUCUGCUUUAAAAAAAAAUGUUUUGGAUGACUUCAAACCUUGCCUUCAUUAUCUGCAGCAACAAUUCCCACCCUUGCCCUCAAAUUUCCUUAAGUAUCAAGGAAUUGAAAACAACAGAAGGAUCUUGACCCAGUUAGAGGCAAGAGAGAAAGAAUAGGCCACCCAACUGGUAGGGGCUUCGACGAACUGUCAUCCUAUAGCAACUGGGAAUAAUUGCUGACAGCUACUUGAAAAUUAAGGCUUCAUUUAUACAGGUCAUUUGCAUUCUGAGAGCCUGUCCGUUCCAAAGUAACACCUCAGUUACCCAGAUAACUACGGCAAAUCUUAUAUUAUUUUGCUGACGUAUGAAUGCAUAUGUUUAGAAUUAAUAUUUGCAAAAUUU